AUGUCGAGUUUGGAAGAGCCGCUUGGUUUUGACAAGCUGCCUAGCAUGAAUACUAUUGACCGAAUUCAAAGGUUCUCUUCUGGUGCUUGCCGACCCAGGUCUGAUGAUAUGGGAAUGGGACAUUGCUGGAUUGAGGGAAGGAGUUGCAGCUCAUCCAACAGUAGUGAGGAAGAUUAUGAGUAUACAAGAGAGACGUUUCCUUGGAAAAGACAUACAAGAGACAUUCGCCAAGGAAAUCGAAGGGCUAUGAGCUUAGGCAGCAACCACAUGAAGUCUGGAAGUAUUUGUGAUUCAUGGUAUUCUCCAGAUCAUCAACAUAGUUCCAAAUCCAAUGACAAAGACAUACAGGGUAUUACAAAUAAGUUCUUGAAAGGUAUACCAAGAUUUGUGAAGAUUGUGGAAGUUGGUCCAAGGGAUGGACUGCAAAAUGAGAAAAAUAUUGUGCCUACAGAUGUAAAGGUUGAACUGAUUCAUAGACUGGUGUCUUCUGGGUUGCCAGUUGUUGAGGCCACGAGUUUUGUUUCACCCAAAUGGGUACCUCAGUUAGCAGAUGCAAGGGAUGUAAUGGAAGCGGUUCAUGGUUUAGAGGGCUCCAGGUUGCCUGUUCUGACACCUAAUUUAAAAGGAUUUGAAGCAGCCGUUGCAGCUGGUGCUAAGGAAGUUGCUGUUUUUGCAUCGGCUUCUGAGUCCUUUUCAAAGUCAAACAUCAAUUGUAGCAUUGAAGAAAGUCUUGCACGCUAUCGUGCUGUUACUCGUGCUGCUAAAGAGUUCUCAAUUCCUGUUCGUGGGUAUGUAUCAUGUGUUAUUGGGUGUCCUCAGGAAGGAUCAAUUCCUCCUUCAAAAGUCGCAUAUGUGGCCAAAGAACUUCAUGACAUGGGUUGCUUUGAAAUAUCUCUUGGCGAUACAAUCGGUGUUGGUACACCUGGGACUGUUGUUCCCAUGCUUGAAGCUGUGAUGGCUCUUGUUCCUGUCGAGAAGCUUGCCGUCCACUUCCAUGAUACUUAUGGGCAGUCUCUUCCAAAUAUUUUGGUGUCCCUCCAGAUGGGGGUUAGCAUAUUGGACUCGUCUAUUGCGGGUUUAGGGGGAUGCCCAUAUGCUAAAGGAGCAUCAGGCAAUGUUGCUACUGAAGAUGUUGUCUACAUGCUUCAUGGGCUUGGUGUGAAAACUAAUGUGGAUCUGGUGAAACUCCUCUCUGCCGGGGAUUUCAUUUGCAAGCAAUUAGGCCGUCCAUCCGGAUCGAAGACGGCUGUGGCUUUAGGCCGAGUCACAGCUGAUGCCUCUAAGAUAUAA